GUCGGAUAUUCGAUCAUCAACAAUGCGUAACGAUGCUCUCCACCAACGCACAGUGCGGAAGCUUGAUUUCCUCUUACUGCCCUUUCUUGCUCUGCUCUUCUUGUUCAACUCACUCGAUAAAUCCAACAUAGGAAAUGCCGAGUCGGCACACUUCACAGCAGACAUCGGCCUGCAUAAGGAAGACCUCAAUACGGCCGUCGCCCUCUUCUUUACCUUCUUCGUGGCCCUACAGCCCGUCGGCGCCGCUCUUGGACGGCGAUAUGGUAUGGUGCUGUGGGUACCGUCGUGCAUGCUCCUCUGGGGGAUAUCAACGGCACUGCAUGUUUGGGUGAGAGCCCGGUGGCAGCUAUUCACUCUCCGUAUCAUCAUUGGUUGUCUAGAAGCUGGCUUCUACCCCGUCACUGUCUCCUACCUCUCCCUCUUCUAUACUCGCUUCGAAUUUGGCCGCCGCCUCAGCCUCUUCUACGGCCAAGCUGCUUUCGGAGGAGCGCUGGGUGGCCUGAUCAGCUAUUUCGUCUUCUCUCGCUUCCCCGAGCAGCGUUUGCAACCUGCUGGGCUGGAUCCAGAAGUCAGCACCAGGUGGCAAUCAUGGCAGGUCUUGUUCCUGCUUGAGGGGGUACUGACAAUCGUCACUGCGCUUACGGGAUAUUUUUGGCUGCCGCACAGUGCCGACACAGCGUGGUUUUUGACUGUCGAGGAGCGCGUGUACGCUUCAGAGCGCAUCGCUCGGGACCGCUCCUCUGAUCCUGAACUCUCAACUGUUGAUGUCGGCGACGACGACGAUGAGCCCGUGUUCAAUCAUGAGUCCCGUAGAUUGCUUAAUCCCUCUCACCCCACCACCCCUCUGGCUGGGGCCGAAACUCGAGCCAUCACUGAUGACCGCGGUCUAACGCCGCACGACGUAAUCUCUGCUUUUCUCUCUCCAAAUAUCUGGCACAUUUUGGCCUGUAAUAUUCUCUCUUCAAUCCCGGUUUAUGCCUUCUCCGUCUUCCUACCUCUAGUGUUGGCUCCACUAACGAAAACCCCCAGUCCAGCUCUAGUCAACCUUCUCACAGCACCUCCGUAUAUCUGUGGCGCCAUUACUUUAUAUUUCUUCGCGAGCUAUAGCGACCGCAAACAGCAGCGAAUCGCGCCCGUUCUGGUCGGUUUGACCCUGCUGUUAGUUGGUCUCACGUUUGUAGUAGCCCUGCCUACAUCGAGGGCAUGGGCUAUUCCACGCUAUCUGGGACUCAAUGUCCUCCUGUCUGGGACCUUCAUUGCAUCACCCCUGACCGUGGCCUGGAUUUCUGGCAAUACCCCGUCACCCGGAAAAAGAGCUCUCCUGCUUGGCAUCAACGGAUGGGGAAAUCUCGCUGGAAUAUUUAGCGCAUUACUCUUCCAACCAAAGUAUGCGGCGACCGGAUAUAUCUCGCCAUUCUGGUGGACCUUGGCUUGUGUUGGGGUUGCAAUGGCAGGCUAUGUUCUCUUCUGGAGGAAUCUGAACGCUGAAAAUGAAAGGCGCAGGCAGCUACUGCUUAACUGGAACGCAGAGGAAUUAGAGAAUGAGAAGCUAAGCGGCACAGGACCAUUCAGGAGUGAGAAUUGGGUACUGAGUUGGAUAACUAUAGGUCUAAAGAGGGUUGAGAGUGCACAAUGGGCGGUAGAAUGGUUGGAAGAAGCUACCGCAGGGGGAAGAGAAGGCGAUGACAGGAUCACAUUCAUCUAUGGGUUUUAGGAUUAAGCCCGCGAUGAAUUGCACUGACUCCUGAUGUAUGGCAUCAGCAUUUCUAUGGCGUUCGGUGACUGCCACAGCAUAUCUUAAUCGAUAUUCAGUGACUAUCAGGGCAUUUUGGAUACUACUCUGGCCUUUGGAGGGUAGGGUGGACAGGCCUGAAUUACGCAGCUUGUUAGGGAUUUUCUGGCGCUAUCGGCUAUAAGACAUCUAGGUUCUGAGUUAUAACCUUUUUG